AUGCCUGGAUUGGACUUGGAGUAUUCAGAGACAGCGUGGAAUACAGGAGAGCCGAAUGAUUAUGGCAAUAACGAAAACUGUGCGAUGAACAGGAGGAGUGAAGGAUGGAAUGAUGUUCCUUGUACUAAUGAAUAUAUGUUUAUCUGCUACAACGAUGAAGUGAUCCUGAUCCAAGAGAGUAAGACCUGGGAGGAGGCCUUAAAUUACUGUACAGAGAACUACCGUGACCUGGUGUCCAUCACUAACCGUCAUCAGCAGAGAUGGGUCCAAGAGAGAGCCAAGAACGCCUCAACUCCUUUUGUCUGGCUGGGACUGCGCUACACCUGCACCCUGGACUUCUGGUUCUGGGUCAGUGACAAGCUAGUCUGCUAUGACAACUGGGACUCACCUGCAACCACUGAUGACUGUGUCAGUGCUGCAGCCAUGGACAGAGGAGGACAGCAUAAAUGGUUCAAAAAAGCUGAUACUGAAAAGUUUAAUUUCAUCUGUGCUUUAUAACAAGUUUUAAAAGCACCCUAACCACCUUAUAUUUCUUAUAUUGCAUUUUUCUGUCACACGUUUAUACAACACUAACAGUGUACACUAUGUACUGUCUGUUCAUUAUUGAAUGGUAAUAUGGCAAAUGUUAGGAAUCUCAAACUGCAGAGGGGGAAACAAAAUUACUAACAGACUUUCUAACUGCUUUGUACUUUUUGUAUCCUAUUGUAGAUUUAUAAGAUUGUAAGAAUAAAACAAAAUCUAUACUAAUUUGUGAUGAUUAAAACCAUAUUUUUUUGUCAUGAUAAUAUUUUGGAGUUUAAUGUAAAUGGUUGAUUGAUUUUCUCUGAUGCUGAAUAAACUGAUA